CACCAGCUGAGCAAAUUAAAGUCACCUCCCUUUCUCUCUGCACCCAAACCAGAGAGAAAGUAGAUUUAAAAAAAUAUAUACAUUUUUUUCACUGUCACAUAAAUUAUAAAAUAAUAAAAUAAAUCCCCAUGAAUCCUUGAAUAAAACCCAGUUCUUCAAUCCAUAUUUUCUCUCUCCACCUCUCUUUCUCUCUCUAGAAAGAUUGGUUCUUGAUGGGUUAUCUCUCUUGCAAAGCUGAAUCAUCCAUUGAAGUUACAAAUUCCCAGAAAAACCCAUCUUCCAACAGACAAAAACAACAAAACCCAGAUAAAAAUUCCCAUGACAACAAACCCAUAAAAAAAAUCCAACAUUUUAGCUAUACUGAUCUCGAGGCAGCUACAAACAAUUUCUCUGACCAGAAACUUCUGGGUAGAGGAAGCCAUGGCCUUGUUUACAAAGCUCUUCUUCCUUCUGGUCGUCUUCUAGCUGUCAAGAAACCUUCUAGAAAACAACAUCAAUCAUCAUCUUCAUCAUCUUGUAAUAAUAAUGAUGAAUUUGAGAAUGAAAUCAGCAUUUUAUCAAAUCUUCAAAAUCCAAGGUUUGUCAAUUUAGUGGGUUUUACUUCUUCAAUUAAUAAUAAGAAUAAUAACUCUGAUGAAGUCUCCAGAAAUGAUAGGUUGCUUGUUGUUGAAUUUAUGUGUAAUGGAACUUUAUAUGAUUAUUUGCACAAGAAUUCAAAGCCACCGAAUUGGGGUCGUAGGAUUAAAUUAGCAUUACAAACUGCUAAAGCUGUUGAAAUUCUUCAUUCACAAUUCCCAGCUGUUAUUCAUAGAGAUAUUAAGUCUGCAAAUGUAUUACUUGAUAGAAAUUAUAAUGCUAGGUUGGGGGAUUUUGGGCUUGCCUUGAGCUGUAAUGUAGAUGAUUUUCGACUCCGGUCCACGCCCCCAGCCGGGACAAUUGGGUAUUUGGAUCCAUGUUAUGUGACUCCAGAUAAUCUGAGUACUAAAACAGAUGUGUUUAGUUUUGGUAUUUUGUUGUUGGAGAUCAUAAGUGGUAGAAAAGCUAUUGAUAUUGGACAUUCACCACCUUCAGUAGUUGAUUGGGCUAUUCCUUUGGUUAGAAAAGGGAAGCUUUUAGCUAUUUAUGAUCCUAAGAUCCUUCCACCAAAAGAUGAGAUGGUUAGGAAGCAAUUGGCUGUAAUUGCGGCGAAAUGUGUGAGGUCUAAUAAGGAGAGAAGACCAUCUAUGAAGGAGGUUGUUGAUGCUCUUGAUAGGCUGAGUAAGUUGGUACCUCUGCAUUCAUGGAACGGGUUGGUUAACCCUUGCUUAAUGGUUGAGAAUGUAGGUCAGCCUAUUGGAUUGACUAAUGGAAAUUUGAGUUCAAGGUUUAGAGGUUUGGAAUGUGGGAAUUUGGUUGAUGUGGAUGGUAGAUUUGCAAAGCCAAUGAAGAAUCCUAGGAGGGUUUAUUCAGAUUUGGGGUUUAGGAACAAUUUGAUGGAUUUAAUGGCUGAACCUGAUUUGGAUUCUGAAUAUGGAGGAGAUGAAACGAUUGAGCAUAAACAGAAGACACCUAAACAUAAUAAACAUAGUUCAAGUUUAAGAUUUGGAAGUGAAAGAUAUAGUGAAAAGGUUCGGACUUCUUCUCUUGUUCGUUACAACGAUGGUGGAAGUCUUUCUCAGUUGCGGAGGAGUAUAUGGGACCCUAAAAGAUCAUAAACUGGUCCUGUUUAUCUGCCAAAUUAUAGAGACAGAAUCAGAGGAUGAAGUACAUCUAACUCGGAUGUCAUUCAUCCACUCUCAAGGCUUAAUUGCUUGGACUGAAACUCGAGAGUGUAAGCUUGUAUUCUUGUAUUGUAUGUUUGUCUUUGUAGAUUACUUGUUUGUUGUUGUGUAUUCUGUUAAUUGAUUAUUGUUUGCCUGUUCAUUAAAGAUGUUGAUAGAUUUAGCUCAAUAUUUAGUUUUUGGGAUACAAUGUGGAAAAUGUCCCAUAUGAGUAUCCAUUGUUGAGCUGUUGUAUAGUCUAUUACACUUUGUUCCUUUGAAUUGAACAUCGGCUAGAUGAUGACUGAUGUAGGCUGUGACUGUUGUAAUCACUGUUUUGUAGCAUGUACUCAGUUUGUAUAAUUUUCUCCUUUAUUUGUAGAAAUCAACUUGGAAACAUCUCAA